AUGAGGCUUCGUCAAAUUGAAAGGCAAAGUCUCAAGGGCUUGAUCAAUUCCAGUCGCCAUUUCCAAUGCAUUGAUCCCCGAGAUAGACUUUAUGGGAUUUUGGCCCUGUUGGAUAUUCGGAAUCAACAGAUGGAUAAGCUGGAUCGACAGCCUUCUGUUACUUUUCCUGUUGUCGACUAUUCAGAGACAAAUGGAGAGUUGUAUGCGGAUCUGGUGAGAUGGUGUCUUUCAAGCGGGGAGAUUUCCCCGAGCGAUGCACUUAUUUUCAGUCAAAAUGUUCAAAGAGCUCUGGAAUUUCCAUUUCCAGGCGCACCCACCACGAUAUUCGCUGAGAUUCAUGGAGUUGACCAACAAGAGUCUUGUAAAGUUCUAUUCACUGAAGAAGACUGUACCGAGGUCGUUGCUUCGGUCGCUUCUCUCGAGCGAGUAGAGUGCUCGUAUGUCGAUAGGUCAUUCAUUUGGACAGAUGUCUUGCCUGGCGGAACACCAACAGCACGCUCUUUAGAUAAGAACCUCACAGCAGUCGAAGACUUCUACGCCGCUCUACAAACACAGCAAGGUGAUGCAAUAGGCAUGAACGUGAUAGAUAACGAUAUACCGGCAAGGACCUAUAGGAGGGUGCUUGGAACAUUCCGUCAAUUACAAACAUGUACUGGAUGGUGGUAUGUCGGCCCUCCCGAUGCAAAAGAAGGCGAUAUCGUUGAUCAGAAAUCUAUGUUACUCCUUCGCCGCUACAACGCUGUGAAUGAGGUCAGUAUCAUUGGAAAGGUUGUCAAGUAUGACCCGAGGGUACAUAGAAUGAAGAAUACGGAUGGGCAAGGGGAGUCAGACUGGACGAAAUUUACGCCUGUGGGAAAUAGCUCUUUGGAAAAAUUUCGGCCGCUUCCAGGAGAUCUGAAAGCGUUUCUAACAUUAUCCGAAAUCCAACUUUUAACCCGAUAG